UCCCAGGCGUGCGGGCCGCCGGCCGAGCGGGAGCCGGGUCCUCGCGCGUCGUCGCCGCCGCAAUGCUGGGGCUGCUGGCGGGGGCGCUGGGGGCGCUCGCCUUCUUCGCGCUGCUGGACGGCUGGUACCUGGUGCGCGUGCCGCUAGCCGUGCUGCGCGCGCGCCUGCUGCUGCCGCGCGUCCGCGACCUGCUGGCCGAGCAGCGCUACGCGGGCCGCGUUCUGCCCUCCGACCUGGACCUGCUGCUGCACAUGAACAACGCGCGCUACCUGCGCGAGGCCGACGUGGCGCGCGCCGUGCACCUGACCCGCUGCGGCGUGCUGGGGGCGCUGCGGGAGACGGGGGCGCACGCGGUGCUGGCCGCCUCGUGCGCGCGCUACCGCCGCUCGCUGCGCCUGCUCGAGCCCUUCGAGGUGCGCACCCGCCUGCUGGGCUGGGACGACCGCGCCUUCUACCUGGAGGCGCGCUUCGUCAGCCGGCGCGACGGCUUCGUGUGCGCGCUGCUGCGCUUCCGGCAGCACGUGCUGGGGACCUCGCCGGAUCGCGUCGUGCAGCACCUGUGCAAGCGCAGGGUGGAGCCCCCUGAGCUGCCGGAAGACCUGCGGCACUGGAUCACCUACAACGAGGCCAGCAGCCAGCUGCUCCGCGCCGAGGGUGGGCUCAGCAGCGUCACCAAGGACCAGUGACCCCGGUGCCCCUGCCCUGGGGGAGGGCUGGGCCGGGCUCGCACGGAGCUGGAGUGGCCUCAAGGCCUACCCUGCCCCCGGGGCCCACUCGGCUCCCCAGUCCCUGAUGCCCCUCUGUACUGGGCCCCGUCCUGGGCACCCCGACGCAGCCCUGUCCCUGGGCGGGAUGCACUGGGAGGCUGGGCCUCUGCGGGCCCAGGGUGGAGGCUGGCGCAGGGGCAGCCAGGUGUCGGGGACAAAGCCAAGCUGCUGGGUGCCCAGGCCUGGACAGCAGCUCCCCGUGGCUCGGAGGAGGUCGCUGCCCGCCUGCCCGUGCCCGCCCCUGUCCGUGUCCCAUCACCCCUGCCCGUGCCCGCCCAGGGCCCACAGAGCAGCUGGAAGCCUGGAGCUGCCUCCUUGCUGCCCCUCAGGGAUCCCCCGUGGCCCCUGGAGCUCACUCACACCCCCACCCCCGAGCUACCGUGCCUGCCUUGCGGCCGAGCCUUGGCUGCUGUCCCUCAGGGCACCAGAUUAAAGGGUUGC